AUGCUUGAUAACACUGUCGCUGGUGGGCUGAUGGCAGGCGAGGAGCCCUUCGACUGUGUCGUGCGAGAGGCGGAUGAAGAAGCAAGUUUGCCAAGUAGCCUGGUGCGCAACUCUGCAUCGCUUGCAGGUACUAUCACUUAUGUUUAUGUCACCGACGAACGCGCUGGUGGGGAAUCCGGCCUCAUCUAUCCGGAAUGCCAAUGGGUUUAUGACUUGGAGAUACCUGGUGAUGUGAUUCCUGUGCCUAAGGAUGGCGAGGCUGAGUCGUUCAGCCUUUAUAGCAUUGGGGAGAUACGCAGUCUACUAGAAGAGGGCAGGUUUAAGCCUAAUUGUGCGCUGGUGAUGAUCGACUUCUUUAUCCGCCAUGGAAUUCUCAACACCAUGAACGAGCCGCAUUUGCAAGAUAUAUGCCAUCAUCUACAUCGGAAGUUGCCCUUUCCCGGCCCCCACGAGGAGUACACUUGA